GAGAGAGAGGGGGAAGACAUGCGGCAAAGGUCCAGAGGCCAGAGUUAAACCCAGGACUGCCGCAUCAAGGACUGAGGCCCCGUAUGGGUCACAUGCUACCCUCGCAUCCUGGUUCACUUUUUUUAAAUGGCAGCUUACUUCAUCGGUGACAUCCAGUCACGGGUGCCACAUUGAGCUUCCGAGAGCAACCCGUUCCUUCACAAGUAUUUGUACAAGUAGUCUUCAGGCCUUGGUGGCCAUUAAAGUACAGUAAUUGAAACACCCCAAUUCAAUAAUUUGGAGGGACUACUCCACACUUUUGACAACAUAGUGUAUGUUUUUUAUAUUAGAUUUGGUUGCAUCCUGAUACAUUUUUUUUUCUCUUUUCCCAAACAAUUCCUUCUGAUAUAUUGCAGAGAGCAAAAGCAAAAGAGGUUUUGACUUCUAACUUCUAAAGCACAGAAAAUCCAGCAUGGUUAGGAGGUGAACGGCCAGGGAAAUGAAGAAGGAGCCUAAUACCCAAUAUAUUGAGUAUAUGAUUGAUUGCUUUAUUGAUUGCUUUAUUAAACAGACUCAUGGUCCAAAAAGAUAAAAGAAAAGAAACAUUUAAAACAAAUAGAAUAAAUAAUAAUAAAUAAAUCUUAUAAAAGACUGCAGUACAUGUAAUGAGUAUAUGCUCCCAACAGACCGACAUUUUGCAUUAAAAGUCCUUUUUGGUUAGUCUCAGGUAAUGUUUUAAUUUUCUGAGAAUUUGUUUGUGUUAGCUGUGAGCCAUAAUUACCUAAAUCAGCAGAAAUAAACAAUAUUAUUCAGAUUUCUUAAGACAAGCCUGUGUUCUGAGAGUGAUUAUAACUGCGUUAUGCUUUAUUUUGCACUAGAAUGAUCCUUCCUAUGACAGCUAUGAAUAUUUCUAUGGGGGAUCGGACUGAAGGGCUCAACAGAACACCUCUGCCACUGUGGGAUAUCGUCCUCUCCAUGUUUUACAUGCUGAUCUUCAUCUUCGCCGUGCCUGGGAACUCCUUGGCGCUGUGGGCAUUCUGCCACCAGAAGGGCUCCUCCCCCUCUAAGGUCUUCCUGAGACACCUGUCCAUUGCGGACAUCUGUUAUGUCCUCCUUCUACCCAUGCGGAUAGUUUACCACCUGUCCAACCGCCACUGGCCCUUCGGGGACAUCCUCUGCCAGCUGUCGGGCUUUCUCUUUCACCUGAACAUGUACUGCAGCCUCUACCUGAUGAGUUUCAUCAGCCUGGACAGACUGCUGGCUGUGAGUUUUCCUCUAAAGUCCCAGGUGGUAAGGAAGCCUUUGCACGCAAAUAUAGGUGUUGCCAUCCUAUGGAUGAUUGUUACCGUGUCCAUGAUGCCAUCGCUUUUCUCAAAAAAGAACCAAAGCAACGCAGGCAACUGCACCAUGCUGUACCUUGAAAAAACCUCAUCCAAAGCACUGAUCUCCACCAUGGUUGCUUUUCUUAUUCCCUUCACCACCAUAGUCAUCGCCUAUAUAGUGAUUCUCCUGAAGCUGAGGAACCUGAAGCAACAGGAAGAGCGUCCGGUGAAAGACAAGGCUAUGAAAAUGAUUGUAAUCGUAGUGAUGAUCUUCCUGUUUGCAUUUGUCCCCUAUCACAUAUGCAGGGUGAUAUACACUCAGGAAAUAGCUGGAAGCAUGGAGUCAUUGAAACGGGCCAAUCAGGUCACGUCUGCGCUGACCUGCAUCGGAGGUGUACUGGAUCCUGUGAUGUAUUUCUUCUUGAACAAAGUUUACAGGAGUACAUUUCUUCAUCUGUUCUGUAAACCUAGGAGACGUGGUCUUUAAGUGCGUCUCUGUCGGACAUUUUAAAGAUUUCUAUAUAUAUAUUUUUUUUUUUCUGUUCUCAUACUUUUACUGAGUUUCCUAAAAUGAGUAUUUCCUGUUUUACUCAUGUUAAGGUUUCUUGAGGUAGGCCUAUACUUAAUGUGUUUGCUGCUUUAAAUACUUUGUUCUUGGAGAGGCACUCGUGUGCGAAAGAAGCUAUAGAAAUAAAGUUUUGCUUAUUUAUUUACUUUUUUUUACUUGAAGUGUACUUAGAUUUUGUUUAUCCUGCAACAAUCAGAAAGCAUCCUUCUAAACUCACGCAGUGAAAAACCCAAGAGCAGGUCAAACAUUUACGCACUUCGCUUCUGAUUGACCUACAACUCUGGGCUGCUUGAUUAGUUUUAGAGGGCAUUGCAAAGGUUUUCAUACCCCUUGCAAGUUUCUAUACUUUGUCAUAUACAAGUAAACUCUUUUAUUGAAGUUUGAUGUUUUAGAGAAAGCGAAAGGAAAAUAAAAUGCAUACCUAUCAAUAUUGUUUUAUGAAUAAAAAUCUGAAAAGUUUGCCAUUUUCUUGUGUUCAGCCCCCUGAUAUGUUUAGCCUGUUGCUGGAAUUACAGGUGCAGUUCUUUUGAGGUAUGUCUCUGACAGCUCUGCAGAUCUAGAAACCAAACAUUUUUAUAUAUUUCUCUUUGUAAAAUAGCUCAAUCUACCUCAGAUGGAACAGAGAACACCAGUGAACAUCACACGUGAAAGACUUUCCUCGAACGGGUUUUAUUAAAUGGACAAGUGUGAUUAUUUAAAGACUUCCUUGUCUAAAAUGAACACAUUGCACUUUGUUUUUGCCAAUGGGUUAGGGUUAGGGUUAUAAGUUAUAAGUCAUCUAAUAUUGUGUGUUUUAAAUAUCCAACAUUGCCUAAUUGAAUAAUAAAGUGCUUUGAUAUGCAACAGAGAAAA